CCGAUAUCUUAUUGUUUUGAGUCUGGAUUGUAAAACCCUAAAAAAAAACAUCACGACGAUACUAUAACUUAGGUGAUCACGAGAUUCAUCGGGGUAAAACAAGCAGGAACUUUAUGCAUGGGAGAAAUGCAGACAGUAGUUCUUCAACAUCACCCGGUGUAGGCGAAUAUAUCGAAAUCAUGGAGGAAGCAGAACCAUUUAUUUCUAGUCCUAAUUCUGUAAACAGAAACUUCCAACGACGACGAGAAGAAGAGGAAACCAAAGAAGAACAUUCAGGGCAAAAUGCUGUUGGAGACGUGUACCACGAUCCUCCACCAAUCGGUAUAACCAGGGCCUACGCUACUGUUGUUAUCCUUUUUGGGAUAAAUCUUCUAAAUUACAUGGACAGAUACACAGUUGCAGCCAACUUGAUAGAAAUACAAAAAUUUUUCAAACUCGAUGAAAAUGAUGUGAAUGGUAAAAGUGGUUUGCUGCAGACUGUCUUCAUAAUUGGUUAUAUGCUGACUUCUCCUAUCUUUGGAUACUUGGGCGAUCGCUACUCAAGGAAGAUUAUCUUACUUUGUGGAAUAGCUAUUUGGUCAGGAACAACCCUUGGUGGGUCUUUCGUACCAUCAGAUAAAUAUGGGUUAUUCUUAUUCCUGCGUGCAGUAGUCGGUGUUGGUGAAGCAAGUUACUCAACAGUUGCGUCCACUAUUAUUGCUGAUCUAUUCACAGGCAACAGAAGGACACAAAUGUUGAUGUUAUUCUACUUUGCAAUACCUGUAGGAAGUGGUUUAGGUUACAUUGCCGGCAGUGCACUUACAAAACUAUUUGGAUUUUGGCAAGCAGCAUUCAGAGUAACACCGGUUCUUGGAGGGAUAAGCUGUAUACUUGUCAUCUGUUUCAUCAAAGAACCAAGGAGAGGGCAAGCUGAGUCAAACAAUAGGAACUUUUGGAAUACAAGCUAUCUAGAUGAUUUAAAAGCGCUAAAAAAUAAUCGAAGUUGGUUGUAUUCAUCAUUAGGAUUUGUGUCUGUGGCAUGGGUGAUUGGUGCUCUGUCAUUGUGGGCCCCAGUUGUCAUCAAAUAUGCAUAUAGUAUUCAAGGUUUAGAUGAUAGCAAUGUAGAUUUUUAUUUUGGUGCCGUUACUUGUGUAUCUGGCUUCCUAGGGGUCGUCACCGGAACGAUGGGUGCUCAGUGGUAUCGCAGGUUUAAUCCACAGGCUGACCCACUUGUUUGUGCAUUUGGGCUGAUUGUGGGGGCGCCUUUUCUGUACUUGGGACUUCUGUUAGCUCCAAUCGUUGAUAUUGCUGCCUGGGGACUUAUUUUGAUAGCAGAGAUAUUACUGUUUUUAAAUUGGGCUUUAGUGCCUGAUAUACUCUUGUCAGUGGUUGUGCCGACAAGACGUUCCACAGCUUCAGCUAUUCAGAUGCUCAUGGGUCAUGCACUAGGGGACGCUUUAAGUCCAUAUAUCAUUGGUGCUAUCUCGGAUUGUAUACGAAGGAACAUGGACAUGUCAGACGAAUACGAGCAAUUCUACUCUCUGCAGUAUUCUUUGUACAUAACAACAUUCAUCACAGUUCUUGGUGGAGGGGCUUUCCUCUUCAAUGCACUGUACAUAGAACAAGACAAAUUGCGAAUAGUCAAGAUCGUUACAGGGGAUGCUGGGAACCCAGCUGACAGAGUCACAAACGGCGCACUUAUAGUUCCUGUGGACGGUCCUGUAGAAGACGACCAGUACGAUUCAUACAGUGAUUGAAUGCAUUGUGGGAAGGGCAUUAUUUGCAGUACUGGUAAUAGCUUGUUUAAAGGAUAAAGAUUACAGUAUACAUACAUAUUUGAAUUAAUAUUUUGACUUUAGUACCUUUUACUCAGUAUAAAAACAUCAAAGGAAUUUGAAAAUUAAAACUUAUUUGUACAAAUCUACCUUCAGUAAUGUUACAUUUGUUAUAUAUUCCUAAUUUUUCUUCCCAAAACCCCAGCGUACUGUCGCUGAUUGUGAAAUUGUGUAAUUAGCAUAAGAAUGUGGCAGCAUUGUACCGAGAAACCGUAAUACUUUUACUCAGAACUUUGGCAAUAGUAGGUCCAUUCCUGUAAAUGAGCCAUUAUUUUAAAGCUAUAUAAUGUAGAUAGUAGGAAUAUGUUAAAAAGUACAUUUUGUGUUUUUGUCAGGCAAGCCUCAUAUAUCCCUUUUAAUUAAAGUUCAUUAACCUCUUUAACCCCUUCAUGCACUGGUGCACAUGAGGCCAGGAAUUUUAGAAAGGGAGAGAUAAUGAAAGGACAGAGAUCCCUAUGGAUGGGUGCUCGUGCAAUAUAAGUACCUCUUUGUAUAAACUACUCAACCUGAUAAGUUAUCAGGACAGUGAACCAGGAUUCUUUAAGGGGUUCACUAUGAUGAAAGCCAUUCAUACCUAGGCCCCCUGGUGAGGUCCAAAGCAAGAGUUCCAGUGUGGGUGAGGAGACAGCUGUGAGCAGUAGUGCACCUAGGAAUAAAGAAAUUAGGGAAGCUGAUGGAGGCGUAAGGGGCUUGUGCUAGCUGCAAAAUAAGGUGAUACCAGGUGAUUUUUAACUACUUGAGCACACUGUAAUUGUUUACUCUGAAAAUUUGGUGUGGUGUAGGGCAGGAACCUGCAAGACAAGCUUUUUUUGUAGGACCGUGCUUAACCAAUGCCAAAAUUUUAACUAAAGUUUUGGAUGAAAUUGUGAUUCGAUGUGUUCUCAAAUAUAUAUAUGUAUUUCCAGAACAAAAUAUACAGUAUGGAUUAUAUUUUAAUGUUAAAUGUUCAUCAUUGUCAAUUUUCUGAAAACAAAAAAAAUAUAUAUAUAUACUGUAUAUAUUUUACUUUUAUAUAUUUAACCAUUUUUAUUUUGAUGUGCAUGUUGAUACCCAUCGGAACUGAUUUCCUAGAGACAAUUGAUAAUACAGUAGUGAAAAACGUAAAAUAUCAUGAAUUUGGGUGAUGUUUUAUUUUCUGGGAGAUUCUUGGUUGUGGGAGCCAGGUAUUCACUGCGCCUAAAGGUCGUCGGCCGACAAUUCUAUUAAGAAUGCAACAACGUGCAAUGGAUCCUUAAUAACCAUCCAGUCAGACUGCCGCAGACAGCGUUGCUUGUCUAGCACUCACAUGGAGCAGAGUUUGAUUCGUCCUACGAUUGUCGCAAUGAGCGCCCGGCUUUAGUAGUCAAGGUGCUUGCCUUCCAAUCCCAAUCUCCUGGGUUCAAUCUUGGGAGCCACAAUCAGCUGCAUUUCCCAAUCUUCCCAGGAGGGUUGGUUAUAGAGAGUAUUGUGGGCUAGAAAUCAAGGAUUAAUAUACCUAAAUAUAACAAAUGAUUUUUAGUUUUUCUUUGUAAUAUGUAUCUAUAUAUUUAUUUUUGGAGACAAUGUAAUGGUUAUAGUUGUUUUCCUGCAAGUGUUUCAGUUGUACAUUUGUUGGUUGUUUAAUUUAAGAAGGCAACAGUAUAGCGAUUUUAUGCAAAUCAGGCUUCAAAUAUUGUGUUUUCUUUGAAUCUAUAGCUGUGUCCUUGUAUUACGCACAUAUUGUUUCUGUGUUCCUUUUUAGUGCACUGUACAUACAUUUUGAAAUAAAUAUGGAAA